AUGGCAACGACAGUCGACACAAGCGGGCGCUGCAACUGCGGCUCCAUCACAGUCACCCUCGCCAAAGAGCCUACGCAAACGGUCAUGUGCCAUUGCUUUAACUGCCGACGGGCAGGAGGACCGGCCUCAAUCAACUACGUCCUCGCCGAUGAGGAGAUCACCGUCAACGACGCGCAGGGCACACUCAAGACGUAUGCGGACCACGACACGGCGUCGGGCAAUGUUUGCAUGCGAAGCUUUUGUGGUAACUGCGGAAGCCCGAUUUACUCGGUUGCCGUAGGCGCGCCGGGAAAGAAGUUUCUCAAGACGUCCCUGUUCGAGAACGUCUCAACCAACAAGUUUGACUUUUUUACUCAGAGGUUGAUCACCUGGGCUUGA